CGCAAGUCCACGGACCCUCGGCCAUUCGCUGCCGCUGCCGCCGCCGCCAAAAUGUCUACAGGGGUGCCUUCAGGGUCCAGUGCUGCCACUGGCAGUAAUCGAAGACUCCAGCAGACACAGAAUCAAGUAGAUGAGGUGGUGGACAUCAUGAGAGUCAAUGUGGAUAAGGUGUUAGAAAGAGACCAGAAGCUCUCAGAGCUAGACGACCGCGCAGAUGCACUGCAGGCAGGCGCCUCGCAGUUUGAAACAAGUGCUGCCAAGUUGAAGAGAAAGUAUUGGUGGAAGAACUGCAAGAUGUGGGCGAUAGGGAUCAGUGUCCUGGUGAUUAUUGUCAUUAUCAUCAUUGUGUGGUGUGUCUCUUAAUGAAGAACAGAGGAAAUGAAGCCUGACGGCAGGAUCUUCUUCGAGACUUUCUACUUAGAACUGCGUGUUGUCGCACUUCCCUGUUGUUUUUUUUUUUUCCCAAAUGAUUAUUUGUGUUAGUUUACAUACAGUUCAGUGCCUAGAAAAUGUGCCUUUGUUUUUCAUAUACACUCGAGGUGUGACCUGCCCUGCCCACAUUUUGCACAGUGCCUUUACAGAUUUAUGGACUGGGAAAGAGGACUUGUGUGUUUCAGAGUGCUGAGAUCUAGGUGGAUGUUGUCACUGAUGGCUUGUGGAUUCAAGGAAGAGGAUUUUGUUCAAGUCAGCUGUCCCCACACCUAACAUGGACUUCAAAACCACAGUUUAAACCUUUGGGUAAUUAGAUUCCCAACUUGGACCUUCCAAGAAGAACACUACUGCCUAACAAAAAUCAGUGACAACAGCAGGGCGUGCCUUAUUUUGAUAACUAGGUAACUUUUCAUUAAGAGUACUUUUGUAAGCACUACCGACCCCGCUGUAUUUAAGAUGCUGGUGAAGAGCUCAUGCUCUUAUGUUAGAUACGGAGAUGUUCACUUUCUAGUUCUUGUUGUGUAUCACUUCUAAAACAGUAUUUUAAUCAGAAAUAACCCUUUAGGAAGUUUUUAUAGAACUGUGACCAAAGUUUCUAUUUUGCCAAAAGUUAAAUACAAAUGAAUUGUCCAUAAGUUUGUCCCCCAGUAGUAAAUUCAAAUAAGUGCCAAGUGUAACUCAAGGUGCCCUUUAAGAAAAAAUGUUAGUACUGUCUGAGCCCGCAGCAUCUUGACAGUCCUUCCUGUGGAAUGCUGUAGGUACAGCUUCUCAUCCUGAUGUGGUUUCUUUCCUAGAGCGAUAGAGGUGACCUCAAAUCACACCUGUAUGCAAGAUAGUAGUUUGCAGACUGCACUAGCCUGUGGCCACUAGUGUGAUGAGAGCAGCAUCUGAAGCCUCACAAAGGCAACAGUCUGCACAGAGUUCUGGGAGACUGUGGCAGUGCCACCAGGAUGUCCUGAAAUGUGUGUCUGUGUGCAAAGCAGCAUUAGCCAAAAUGUCAUAGGAUCUGGUUCUAGUUUUUUUUAUCUGAUCCCCUAACAUUACUGAAACAAAACAAGUGUUGAAGACAUGCCUUGCCACAUAGCUAGGGCCUCUGUCCUGGUCUGACCCCACAACUUUGGUGCUGUCUCCUCGUACUCUGUCCCAUGUAAGUCGUUGGCUCCUGUAUUAACACAGUAAUACCUCGCUUCUCUGUGCAUUUAGCUGGGAAUGUUCCCGCUAUGGUGACCGGAAUAAAGUUAUUAACAUGAA